AUGAGCAAGGAAGUGUAUGAGUAUUAUUGUAUCAUAGAAGAGCCUGUUGUAGACAUUGAAGCGUUACGAGUCAAAGUGAUGAAAAGUGGAAUACCAAACAACAACAAACUUCGAGCUAAAAUAUGGAAAUUACUACUAAGAUAUUAUAGAGCAGAACAAAAGACAUGGGUCAGUAGUGAAGAAACAUAUUUACUGAUAUAUAGAAAACAAAAAGAAAAGUAUUAUGAAGAAAAGAAAAAAGAAGGAGAAGAAAAGCAAAAUGAGAAAGAAAUGAAAAAUAAAAAAUUAUCAAGAAUAAUUGACAAAGAUCUUGCAAGAACAAAUGAUGGAGAACAUAAAGAAGAAUAUAAUAAUGCAUUAAGAAGAAUAUUAAAUAUUUUAAGUAAUAUGCAAGGAGGAAUUCCAUAUGUUCAAGGAUUGAAUAUAAUUGCAAAUGUAUUUUAUCAUGUAUUUCUUGAUGCAUCAGAUGCAGCAACAAAAGAAUUUGCAGAAGUAUCAACAUUAUUUUGUAUGUAUAAUUUAUUAAAUAACAUUCGAGAUUGGUUUGAUAGUACAAAAGAUAUGACAAACACAGGAAUACGUGCAGCAAUGGGAAGAGUCAUGUAUUGUGUUAAACAAAAAAAUCAAAGACUUGCAAAUACAAUUAAUACAUUAAUAGAUCCUUCUUAUUAUUUAUUUAGAUGGUUAACAUUACUUGGUGCUUCUGAAUUACCUAUGGAUGUAACAAUUAAAAUGUGGGAUAAAAUGUUUUGUGAAAUUAGAGGUUUGAGAUAUUUAUUUGCUUUUUUAGCUUCUAUGAUUUUAGAAAUUGAAUGUUUAAUUGGUAAUUUUGAACUAACUUUAAAUUUACUUCAACAUUAUCCUAUUAAAGAUUUCGAUCGUAUUGAUUUCACAGCUCGUAUUAUUCUUCGGGAUGUUAUGCGUGUUAAUCCUGCUAGAAUCGAUUUAAAUGAAAAACCUGUUGGCUCGAUUCAUCCUUUUCCUUCUUCUAUUUCCUCUCUUCAUGACUCUCCUUAA